AUGGCACCUCCUCAACAGAACACCGAUACCAAUAUCAAUAGCAAUACCAACAUGAAUAUGAACACCAACCCAAACAACCCCCCCUCCAACCUCACUCAGCCCGAAACCCCCGAAGAUGCUAGGUUCCGGCGAUUUUGCACCCACUACAUGGACAACUACACAGCGACAUCAGACCAGUGGAUUGUGCGUGGAACUAUCCUGAGAGUGGCACAAUCAUAUCAAAACACCAGUCAAAACACGGAGAUACUGAACCUGUUUGCCCGACUAGUUGCUCAAUUCAUCUCAUGCGACCCAAUUGCCGUUUUGAGAGAUCCACAGGGGGCGAUGGUCUUUCUGGAACGGUGGAAGAACUUUGAAGAUGUACAUGGUCCAGAUCGAAUGGAUAUGAGCACGUCCGUAGACGGACCAGAUCGGAUGGAUAUUGAUAUCCCCACGAGCACACCGUUGCCGUUACCGUUACCGUUGCCAUUGACUUCAAUCUCGGCUUCGGCUUCAGCUUCCUGGAACGAUAGACCGGUGCCUGUCAAGAAUAAGAAACGGAAAUGUCCUUUCAGUCGCUAA